CGCACCACGCGAGGGGGCAAAACCACCGCACCGCGCUGCGCCUGAAAAAAAACAGCUAGGGCGCACCACACCACGCGAGGGAAGGACGCGCUCGUCCUCCAUCCCCGUUCCCUCGUCUCAACCGGCCGCCACUCCAUCUCCAUCCCCUCCCCUCUCUCGCUCCCCCUCUCCCUCCCCUCCGCCCGCUUCGCCUACUCCGGAGGAGGCGGGGCCCACGGAGGAGGACAGCCGCCGCCUCUUCCCCGCCUCGCCAUCUCGCCUCGCUCCUGGAGCCCUUCCCAGUCCACGGUGGAGCCCCCAUCCCAGCUCCGCAUCCGAGAUCCGCGACAAGGGAGGGGUGGAUCGAUGGUGUUGCAGCAAAGAGGAACGAGGGUGGGCAGUGGUGAGGCAUCGGCACCGGAGACGCAGAUCUGCGGCGGGGCGGGAUAGGUGACGAGGACGACCUGUGACUCCUCAUGGCAAAGAAACUUUUGGUGCAAAGGAACAGGGACGGAGCUGAAUGAUCCCUUUCAGAUAUCAGCAUUGUACUUGCGGAAUUGCAUGGCAUGCAAAGCCUGAAAGCAACAACUCCGUGGACUGGACCGAUGGAACGAACUUGCAGCUACAAGGUGGACAUCAGAAUAUUGGAGAUUAGGCACGCACCGGGCUGCUGUUAGCACAAACACAUCGGUCGCUGUUCACUGUCGUUUUGCGCAGUUUUCCGAGGGAGGCACGACGCCUCAGCUCCGCCACCGACGACAGCCUCGACGGCAGCAGCACGCGCAGUGCCGACAGGGUCAAGGUGCGGCAGUAUGGGAAGACGUGCAAGCAGCUCACCGGCAUGUUCAUGACACAGGAGUUGGCCGCGCACUCUGGCUCUGUAUGGUGCAUUAACUUCAGCUUGGCUGGACGGUACCUCGCGAGCGCCGGCGAGGACCGUGUGAUCCAUGUCUGGGAGGUCUCCGAGGGUGAGAGAAAGGGGGAGCUGCUCGGGGAAGGUGCGGUUUCAAAGGAGAGUGGUGGCGGAGGCAGCCCGUUUGUGGCAGUUGCUGGAAAUGGAUCGCCGGAGGUGGCAAUGUCGCCGCUCAGCAGUGCAGACAAGGGAUAUGUGGAGAAGAAGAGGAGGCCACGGGUGCAGAGCAGACGCAAGUCCAUCGGUUCUGAUCAUCUGGUUGUGCCCGGACGAACCACUGUGUCAGAAGCACAAUAAGCCAUACGAGUAUAUUCAUCGCCCACACAAAGCAAACUCAAUCCAAAAGUUCAAAGGCAAGAAAAUCCAUGUAAAGCCUAGAAAGUACAUUCUCCGUGGUAAGAGCUACAUUACUCUUCUCAUUCCAUCAACUCUCGCAACAACUGCUAAAGGAUAUAACUUUGUACAAUUUAACAUAGGUGAGCCUUGCAUCCACUACUUAGAUGAGUUUAGUCACCACAUUGUGUGGGGCAACACAGUUAAGCUCUACAACCAUAAUGUUCGUACACUGCAAAAGAUCAUCCGCAGCACCACCACGCCUGAUAACUACUAUGUGUGUCACAUGACAGAAACAUUUGCAACACAAGGCAAAAGAAUGUACUUUAGCGUUCCCUUUUCUAUGGGUUCCCUUUUCCCACACAUGGAUGUUGACCAUGGUGAACUGCCAAUCACUACUGGAGACGGAACUAUCACUGUCACGGCCCGCUUUAUCAAGGGUGUUGACAAAAGGGCAACCAUCACUAAAGGCUGGAGCGACUUCUUCUGUCAGGCACACAUGAACGAAGGGCAAGUAUAUGCUUUCGCCUUCAAAUGCACUUCCAAGGGACUGUGCCUAAUCAUCUACUCAAUAUAAGCAAGUUGCAAGAGCCCCUUGUUAUAUAACUUAGUAUUAGUAUAGAUGCCUACCAAGACUUCUGUGUUUAUCAUCCUUUUGGAUCUUAUGUAAUCCUCUAAGACCAUCCUGUGCAUUUAGCUAUCGGUUAUAUUCUGCUUAGACUGCUAUGUGGUAUGCUUUUGAAACAACCUUAAUGGAAGAAAUAUAUGCUUUCACCUUCAA